AUGUCCACCCCGGCCUCGCAAUUCCCCCCCGGCGUCAAGCCCUUCGCGGACCGCCAGCGCCCCAAGACCAUCUGCAUGUUCGACGUCGACGGCACUCUCACCCCUGCGCGCCUCAAGGCUUCCCCCACCAUGAUCUCGCACCUCAAGGCGCUGCGUGAGGUCUGUGCUACUGCCUUUGUCGGUGGAAGCGACCUCGUCAAGCAGGAGGAGCAGCUGGGUAUCGACGGUAUCAACAUCCUCGACCUCUUCGACUACUGCUUUGCCGAGAACGGCCUGACGGCAUACAAGCUCGGCAAGGCCCUUACUCCCACCAGCUUCAUCAAGCACAUCGGCGAGGAAGAGUACAAGAAGCUCGUCAACUUUAUCCUCCACUACAUUGCCGACCUUGACAUCCCCAUCAAGCGUGGCACCUUUGUCGAGUUCCGCAACGGCAUGAUCAACGUGUCGCCCAUCGGCCGUAACUGCGCGCAGGACGAGCGUAUCGCCUUUGAGAAGUACGACCUUGAGCACGGCAUCCGCACCAAGUUUGUCGAGGUGCUGCGCGAGAAGUUUGCCCACCUCAACCUCACCUACUCGAUCGGAGGACAGAUCUCGUUUGACGUCUUCCCCGUGGGAUGGGACAAGACGUACGCCCUUGGACGUCUCGAGGGCGAGGGGUUCGACGAGAUGCACUUCUUCGGUGACAAGGGCGGUAACGACUACGAGAUCUAUGAGGACCCCCGCACGAUCGGGCACGCCGUCACGUGCCCCGAGGACACGAUGAAGCUCCUUGACGAGCUCUUCCUCCACUAG